GACGCGCCCCCGUAGCUGGCACCGUACACCCGGAAACACAAGCGUAGGGUUUGAAACAAACAAAAGCCCCAUGCUUUUCUAUUGAGAAAAAGGAGAACUGUGGUCUGGAGAUUGAAAAUGAAAAGACGGGAGCGGGAGGACUGUAUAAGGGGUUGAAGCUGGUGGUUUCGGGUGUGAAUUAAUCUGAAGACUGAAGGCAGUAGCGGUCGCUGGGACUCGCGGGUGUUGGUUGGGGAGCUAGCCCGGGUUAGGGCGCUGGUUGUGGGGCUUUGUGGUGAACAGUAGCCGGUGAGGAGGAACAGUUUGUAGCGAUGCUGGGAGGUUUAUAAGAGGCUCUGAGGCUGCUGUAGAUUAUUUAAAGUGCAGCGUGUUAGCUUGGCUUCGUGUGGUCGCAUUCAGUUCGGAACUAGUGUGUGUUUUUUUCCGUGUUUAAGCCCUCAGUUUCGCCCGGCUGGGUGUAGUAGCUAGCAGCUGAAGUUUGGCCAGCAUGACCGCCGCUGUGUUCUUCGGCUGCGCUUUCAUAGCGUUUGGCCCUGCGUUCUCCCUCUUCAUCUUCACCAUCGCCAGAGAUCCGCUCAGAGUCAUCAUCCUCAUCGCAGGGGCUUUUUUCUGGCUCCUGUCCCUCCUGCUGUCGUCUCUUGUUUGGUUCAUUGCCAUGAAGGCCAGCAAUGCAGAAGACACAAAGGUGCAGACGGGUCUGCUCAUAUUCGGGGUGUUUUUCUCAGUUCUCCUUCAGGAAGUUUUCAGAUUCGCCUACUACAGGCUUCUUAGGAAAGCUAAUGAAGGUUUGGCAGCCAUUAGCGACGAGGAAACCUCCCCCAUUUCUGUCCAGCAAAUGGCUUAUGUGGCUGGACUUGGCUUUGGGAUAAUAAGUGGAGCUUUCUCCAUGAUCAACAUCCUUUCUGAUACUCUCGGUCCUGGCACAGUGGGCAUCUUUGGAGACUCUCAAUAUUAUUUCAUUACAUCAGCUCUGAUGACUUUGGCCAUAACGCUGCUGCAGAUCUUCUGGGGCGUGGUGUUCUUUGACGGUUGUGAGAAGAGCCGCUGGUGGGUCAUUGCUGUGGUGGUGUGUCUCCACCUGCUGGUCUCAGGCCUGUCUCUGUUGAACCCUCUCUAUGAAGGCAGUCUUCCGCCGGUGUAUGCUAUCACUGUGCUGAUGGCUGUGUGGGCAUUCUUCGCUUCAGGAGGCUCCCUGCACAACUUGUCACUACUCUUUACCCGUAAGAGAAGCGAGGUGGAGUCCUCAUAAGUUGUCCGAGUCCUGACCUCUCAGUGAGAGUGAGACGCAGACGGUUCUUUGGAAGGCUGUGUUUGCUGCUUGGAGCAUCUUGAAGCAGCAAGUGGAAGAACAGGCACAGCCGCCGCUGUUCUCCACUGAAGACGGCCCGGGGGUUGAGUUCGGGUCCCCGACUGCCUUCACCUCAGCCUAACAGGUUAUAGGACUCUCACGUCAUGCUCAUUGUAAAACGCUGUAAAUAGCUUGACCUCUAUUUCACAUACAAAAACACACUUUUAAUGAGAUGUUUCUUUUUCAAUUUCCUUUUUCUUUGUUUUUUUUUUCCUUUUUAUUCAGUUUUCAUCUCCAUGAUUGCUUUGCUUAAGCUCCUCAGUCAUUUCAGAGUAGUAUUUAACAUUUGAACGAGUGUUCUUUUGAUAAAUUGCAUCACCUAGUAAAGAUAUAUUAUUUUCUUUUUUUUUUUUUUUUGUUUUCUUUAGGAAAAUGUGAGUAUUGAACCAAGCCUUAGCGAGGCACUUUUACUGGGAGAUGGUCAGAUAACCUGGGGUCAGAUUGUAAAUGCUUGCCCAGAUUAAGCUUAAAGCAUAAAUCAUAAUGCCAUAAUAAGUGUGUACCUACUGAGCUGGAAGAUAUUAAACUUGUGUCCAGCUACGUGAUAUAUGGAAUUACGUCUUAUAGGCAAAGAUUAAUGCUGCUUUGUAUUCUCACUGCAUCUACAUCAUGAUCCUAAUGGAUCUCUUGACCAGCUAUGAAACCUAGCUGAGAUAAAUGGCAAAAGGAAAAGAAUAGGGAGUUAACAAAAUCAGACUGUAAAGGAGCAAAUUGACUGGCCCCAGGCAGGUGUUGAGACACUUUAGCUGCUAAAAGGUCCCCUUAUUAACUGCACACAUGAUGUGUGUGACGUGGGAAAUUAAAGGCUUUACCAAGUAGCGUGUUUAUUUUUAUUUUAUUUUUUUUAAAGCACAUUUAAUUGCCAUAAAUGCAUUAAUGAGUCCUUUGAACAGAGAGCCUGAUGCCCGAUUUUCUCAUCAAGCUCCAUCGAGCACCACAUGGGUGGGAAUAGCAGUCCAGUCCACUGGCAAAUAUGUUAAAUCAUCUACUGUGUGUUUGUGUAUAUAUAUACAUAUAUGUAUUUUAUGCGGAAUCAGCUUUUAUUUUAAAUUUUUCUUCCUCCUCCUUCCAUCUAAUGCGUUCAAUUACACUUAUCAUUUUCAUUAUCACUUCAAGGACACCAGCUGCCCUUUGUGCUGUGUCACCGUGAGUAAAAUUUGAUAAGAUCACUUCAUCAUUAAUAAGUGCAAGACAUGUUUUCUUCUGACCGUGACCGUGACAGUAAGUUCUUCAGAUUAGAGAGUGUGACUUGCGUGCUUUUUUUUUAAGUUGCUUGUGGAUAAUGUAGCAGUUCCCUGCAUCUGCACUCGAUGCUGAUCCUCAUUUCUACAAUAACAGACUGUUGAGGGCUCCAUUUUCGAAAUCCAAAACGUUUUUUAUCCACUUUUAUCUUGCGUGUGGUUUAGGCGCACACAUUCUUGUAGACAACAAGCAAUAUCUGGAUAUCGCGGCUCUUUCGGGCGAUAUCCGUUUGGUCCUACAGCUAGAAACAUUGGUGCUUGCCCCCCCGUGUCAUUUCAGGAGAGCCUUUUUCUUUUUGGUUGUGUUUAUCUUGCCGGGAAAGCUCGGCCGUGCGUGGAGCAGUGCUCUUUACGGCCAUUUGGUUAUUUGACCAACAUGAAGCUGCUUUGCUCGCUUUGUGGUUUUAUUUGUUUAGAGCUGUUUGACUUUCCACCGAGUCGCUGUGCAAGAAAACGUUGCUGCGAUGCUUCAGCUUCUAGAUCUUUUGUCCAUAAUCCAAAAAUGCAGAGGUGUGUGUAGAGAAGUAUUAAUGAUUUAGUGAAAGAAUAACUGUGCUGACCCUGGUUGAAACUAUAAAUUAACCAGAUCAAAUGUGUGUAGCUUACUCACUCUGUAAUAUAAAGGUUUCAGAAAGAGUUCUCAAGAGACAUGACUUAGGAAAACUUUUUUUUUCUUACAUUUUCUCCCCAAUUUACAUGGCUAAUUACCCAACCCACUCAUUAGGACCCACCUCUUUUAUAGCAUGGCUCAAAGAACACAAAAAAAAACUUUGUGUACAGUGUGGAACUGUAGUGCAUCAUCUCAGAUCUUCCAGCAUCUUUCAGCAUAUGAACUGAAGUUCCUUAGGCCUUGUUCUGUUAUCUUUCUAUGAACUCUUUUUAUAAAGUAAGAUAAUUAACAUGUGACUAGUUGUAGUGCAGUACUGAUGCUCUCAUCUCAAUCCAAACAGGGAAUUGGUAGCUUAAUUUUGGAAAUGGAAAUGUUACUCUAGUGUAAGCAAAAUAUACAUAUAUAAUUCAAAUAUGGUCAACAUAACACACAUGGCACACAUUUGGACCUGAAUCAUUGGAACUGCUUUCUACCCACCUCUGCUAAUACAAUAUCACAGUUAUUAUACUCCUAAAUCUGUUUUAGUUAAAGAACUGUUCUUUCCUGAAACAUUUAUUUAAAGGUACUUCAUUCAUGACAUUAGUAACUGGUUGCACCAGUCUUGCUUUAGCACAUUUGUACCUGGCUCACUGUUGACGUACAUCAUCUAACCAUACAGCCUUUGUCUCAGGACGCACUCUGUGAUUAAUAAUAAGCAACUAGAUGUUCCAGAUUAGUCCGAGGCAGCUCCCUUUAGAGGCACGUCUGGACCUGACUCUGUUAUAGCUCUGACUACAAUAUCUACAUAUCUCCUCCUUGGACAUUGCACUGCCCGUAAUAUACAAUCACAUUCAGUAUGCACACGUUCUGAAGAAGUUUGUGUUUCAGUUCUGUCAUUUCUUUUUCCUGUUCUUUAUGUAUCUGCUUAUGUUAAAGCUCCAGUAAGCGGCUUCUGUUCAGCCCUGUUGUACCUAUGUGUUUUAUUUAUGUCUGACUUUUUUGGGGGUUUUCUAAGCUCUGAUCUCUUGGAAUUCUAGCCGUGUUCUACCUAAUGGACCAUCCCCUCCCCUCACAUCCUCCCCACUGCUUCACAUCCAACAUCUUUGCAACCGGUGCUCACCUGGAUUUCGGACAUACUGAUGACAAAUAAUGACUAUGUAAUGUUUUGAUGCUGCUUUAUAAUGUUUCAACUGAGAUAUUGUGCCAAACAGGGAAACAUGUCAAGAUUCUACAUGUCACUGAGACUCAAUUUGGGUUCAAAUAAAAAUUCCCUGUGUUGAUUUAAA